CGCAGGGGGCUUUUCAUCCCUCGUCGGGCGCCGUAGUUCUGAGAAGAAUCAUGUUUGUGGGGCUGAAUGAGCUCCUGGGGGAGACGGCGGAGAAGCCGGAAGCGGGCAAGCUGACUUUGCUGUGUGCAGCCAAGACAGAUGCCAGCUUCCUGGUGCACCACUUCCUCUCCUUUUAUUUGAAAGCGGGUUGCAAAGUCUGCUUCGUGGCGAUGGUGCAGUCCUUCAGCCACUACAACUUCGUGGCCCAAAAGCUGGGAGUCAGUCUGGCAGCAGCCAAAGAAAAGGGGCAACUUGUGUUUUUGGAAGGGCUGAAGGCCUCAAACAGCAUCUUGUUUGGCGAAGGGCAGCAGUCAGAUGAAGCCAACCCAUUCCAGUUCAUCAGCGGAGACGGCUCCAGCCUGAGAGCCCUGCAUGACUGCAUCCGGGCAGCCCUGAUCCCUGGGGCCGGAGACUCCUGGGGGCCCCCCGUGCUGAUGGUGGACGACCUGGGUGUCCUGCUCAGCCUGGACGUGAGGCUGACCCACAUCCUGGACUUCAUCCACUACUGCAGAGUCACCAUAAAUACCCAGCUAAAGGGGAACGUGGUGGUGAUGGUCCGCAGCAGCGAGGACUCAGAAGACGAGGAGAACGAGCGGCUGGCAAAGUCCCUCCAGCACCAGAGUCACCGCAUCCUGUGGGCAAAGGGCCUGGCCACCGGCUUCUGCAAGGAGGUCCAUGGGGAGUUGACCAUCAUCCAGCGGCGCUCUUGGGAGACAGGAGCCGAGAGUGACCUCCUCCGUGUCUAUCAGUACAUGAUCCAAGACAAGAAUGUCUCCUUCUUCGCCAGGGGGAUGUCGGCAGCCGUGCUCUGACUGCAGGGAGGACAAUGCCAUGGGAGAAGAAUGCGUGCAGCAUCCAGAGAAAUGAAGAAGGAGAGCAACAAUGGCGGCAGGAGAGGGAUGGCGCAAGAACAAUGGCAGUGUCUUCAUUUCGGUUCUAUCCUGGGCCUCAUUCGAACCUUCUGACCUUCUGCUCUGAAUCCAAUCCUGUGGAUUGCUUCGUCUUGGCCCUGAGAGGGUGAAUCUAGGCAAGAACUACGGCCUAGUGUACAGAAGCCCAAAGUGUACAGAAUCCUGUUUUCCCAUAGUAGAUCUGACACUCUCCACGGUAGACUUUCUCUCCUCUUCCCAAUGGAGCAGAGCAUAGCGGUUGAGCAAGACUCCUCUGAUCUGUCACACUUGAGAAUUAUUAGAUUGAGUCUUUGAUAGGAAUAUUUCUGCUGUUCUAAUAAAUAAUGGUCCUGUUUGAAAAUA